CCCCGCAAAAAAGGAUCCGACCCGUUAAUCCUGCCGAAAUAUAUCCCAGGCCUAGGCGCCGCCGAGAUCUGGUGACUGGGGUUUUACGAGGGAGAUAGGGGGAGAGAGACGAAAACCUAGAAAACCCUAGCUCUCUACUUUUCUCUCUUCGUCAACGAUGAGCAGAUCGGGUCAGCCUCCGGAUCUCAAGAAAUACAUGGACAAGAAGCUUCAAAUUAAGCUGAAUGCUAACCGGGUUGUCGUUGGCACUCUUCGUGGAUUUGACCAGUUCAUGAACCUUGUGAUUGACAACACGGUGGAAGUCAAUGGCAAUGAGAAGAAUGAUAUUGGAAUGGUGGUUAUCAGAGGAAACAGCGUUGCCAUGAUUGAAGCCCUUGAGCCAGUGAAGACUCAAUAGCUUCCCUUGGAAAUUACUGAUGGUGUUUGAAAUUGGAUUUUAGCAAGUGAAUGUGUAGUUAAAUGCUGUAUGAACCAUGCUUGUGGUAAUAGCAGUAAAAAUUUUCUGAGUAUUUCAUGUACUUUGUUUACAGGAAUGUAAUAUGCUAAGCACAACGUAGCAGGUCCAUACUCUUUAUCUUCAGAAAUAUAGUUGCUGAAUGAUUUGACUAGAUAGA